UGAAUGAUAUCAUUGAGUUGGACUACUAUGGAAAUUUUAAGGUUACAUUGUUCAAAUGUGAUUGGUAUGAGGCUAGGGAGGAUGCUUAUGGCUCGACAUAUGUGCAUUUUAACAAAAAGUGCUAUCAGGAAGAGCCUUUUGUAUUGGCAUGUCAAGUGCACCAAUGCGUUACAAAACAAGAAUAAAAAAGAAGCAUUUUGAACCAUAUUCUGGAAAUAUUGAGGAUAUGUUGGUGAAUCGUCCUUUGGAAAUUCCAAAAAUACAAUUUCGGAAGCUAAUUGCAUAUUGGAGUAUUCCAACUGUCAAAGCCAUGUGUGUUAUAAAUUCUGAAAAUCGCAAGAAGCAACAAUGGAGGCAUAAAAUGGGCCCAAUCAAUUUUGCAAGAGUGCGUGUUGAUUUGAUAAGCGUGAGAAAAAAGAGAAUAAAGAGGAACCAAAUCAAGCUGAAAUAUUUGUUGCAACUCGGAAUGGACUAAAAGGGAAAACACUUGAUGUAGAAACACAAGCUGUUAUUGUAAGUUCCUCUAUAAUUUUCUUGUUUUAGUAGUUGUUUUAUGACUGUCAUGGAUGCUAUUUUUUUGCUGUUUUAUGGCUAUCGUAAUUAUUGUUAUGGUAUCUAUUUUGCGGCUGUUUCAUGGCUGUUUCAUGGGCUGUUUCGUGGCUGAUUUAGUUGCUGUUUUAUGGCUAUUUUAUGCAUAUUUUAUGGCUGUCAUGGCAGCUAUUUUAUGACUGUUUUAUGGCUAUUAUUGUUGUUGUUUUAGUAUCUACUUUAUGACUGUUUUGUGGUUGUCAUGAUUGCUGACUUGCUGCUUUCUAUGUUUUGUGGUAUCUAUUUUGUGGCUGUUUCAUGGCUGAUUUAGUUGCUGUUCUAUGGCUAUUUUAUG